AUGGCCCCGAGUCCCAUCAAAAAGUUCUAUCCAUUUCCAUCAGAAAACCAUGCAGCAGAAAGACGUAGAAAAUGGUUGGAAGCGAUGCAGCCAAAAAACACUGAUGGUUCUCCGUGGGAACCAACACCUUAUUCUCGUAUUUGUUCUCAUCAUUUUGCAAAUAAUAAAAAAUCAGAUGAUCUUCUGCACCCUAGUUAUGUUCCACAAAUUUUUGAUGAAGAAAGCAGAGUAAGGGUGAAUGCAGCUGUUCAUAGCUAUGAAUGUGAUGUAAAACGUAAACAUAUUUCUGAUUCUGCAGCUGCAGUUAAUGAUGCUGGUCCAGUGUCAUGUGAAGCUCAAACUCAAAUUACAUCAGCAAUGGUAAAGAAAGUUGAAAAUAGUGAAAUCUGUUCGAAAGGAUUUCAUGGAUUUGUAAGCCUGUCUAAUACGAAUCAAUUUGUCGAUCUAGCUAGAGUGAUGCCUCAAGUGUUCCAAUUAAUGCUCAAAAUUUUGUCUCCAACAACAGAAACUGUGCAAGCAACUAUGCCAACUUCCUUCAAGCAAGAGUACAAGAACUGCAGAAUAAUUAUUGAUUGUACAGAAUUUGAGGUGGAACAGCCAGUUUCUAUAGAGCAAAGAGUCCGAUUUUACUCCCAUUAUAAGAAGGGAUACAGGGUUAAAGUGCUAGUAGGGUGUACUCCCUCAGGAUUUGUUUCUCUUUUGAGUAAGUGCCAUGGUGGACGUGCCAGUGACUCCCAAAUUACUGUAUCAUCUGGUAUUUUGGACCUUUUAGAACCAGGAGACCUUGUACUUGCAGAUAAGGGAUUCCCUCAGAUUAAAACUUUGUUAGAUGAUUCUGGAAGAGAUGUUUUAGUUGUAAUGCCUCCUUUUUUAGAAAAUAAGCAUUUUACUGCAGAAGAAGUUGACAAANGAAAUAGUAGUUUUCCUACGAAACAUUUGGGUAUGAUUAACAUGAUGUGUUAA